CUUGAAGCGAGCAGGGCGUGUGAGUCCGUAUCGGGAGCUUCAUGUGGACCGCACUCACUGUCGCCUCAAGCGUUAAUAAUGCUUAACACGGACUAAUGAGACAAAUGAGCUUUACAGGAACAAAUGAAAUGCAAAAAUGUGAUUUUGACUUGUUGCUUCGCUGGGUAGGAGAGAGACCGCUGCUGCUACGCAGAUGACAAACUUCAUGACCGCGCUCCCGGUGAUCCUUGACCAGCCCACAUACCCCGGAGACCUGCGAGCGAAAGGCGUCCACUUCCAGUCGACCUACAACCUUUGCAGAGAGAGACACAAAAUUCAGGUCUGGCUUUGUUUCUUAGUUCUGAGCUUCCUGAGUACAUCUACGUCUGCUGCUCCUGUGCCUUCUACAUCACAUGCACACAUUUGCUUGAAGGAUCUGAAAAACGCCAUUGAGAAAUCUGAUGCCAUGCUGUAUGCCCCGUCAGCUAGUGAUGUCAAAGAGAACUGCAAAAUGAUGUCGCUCAGAUGUUACAUAUUGGAGUUGUUGGUGGUCAUCAUGGAAGAAGAAAUUGUGGGCCCUAGAGCAAAUUGCAUCCGUGAUUUCAAUGCCACACUGCCUAAAGAUAACCCUGUUGGCUGUCAACCAUGUGAAGCAUACUCACUUAAAAAUAUUACAGUAUUCUUGGACCGACUAAAUAACCUUUUGGAAGAAAUGAAUACACGGAGGAAUACUUAAACGUAACGUAAAACGUAAUGUGAUGUAAAUAACGUAAGCUACACAAAUGUAUUUGUAUAUAUUUGUAAAUAAUUAAGUUUUUAUUCUGAAAAUGUUGUCACACUGUAAGUAUGUCAACUUGUGACAAUGCAUACUGUCCUGUAUUUUAUAAUAUAACAGUUUAGAUGUAUUAAAGGACAGUACUUUAUCUCAAGCCGUUGAUUAUUUUUAACUGUACAGAUAAAGUCUCUGACACAGUGUCACAAUCUGCCUUUGGGUUUACAGGUUUGAGAUAAGUAUCAGAGUAGCAGCAUGUACUGUAUAGAAUGUAUAAUAUUAUUAAACUCACUGCUAAACACUACUGAAUAUAACAUCUAUUAUACAGUAUAAUGAAUGUCUAAUGCACUCCAGUAUCUUCAGAAUAGUUGCUCAUCCAGUAAAUAAUAUCUCCUAACUA